AACAGCUAAAAGAAAAGUCCAUUUUCAUUUGUAAAAUUAGUGCCACUAGACAUAAAGGGCACCUAAGGCAAGUGGCUCCUCUUCAACUCUCAAAUACUGUAAUUAAAGGUAAGGCUGUUUUCUUGAAUGCCAUUGUAGCAUAAUUGCAUAUGAGCUAUUCUACAUACAGAUAAUGACUGUGCAUUUGUCCUGAAAUAAGCUCCCUCUAAGCAGUUCCUACAGUUUCUGAACAGCUGCUGAACUCAGAGCACGUGGAGUUUUAGUAAUUGUGGGACUUCAGCUACAAUCCCAGGAAUCUCCCAGUGACGUGCUAACCUAAAAAUCAACCAUCCAACAGGGCAGAGAAUGUGAAUUCAGGGAUUUUCUGAGCCCACUAAUUUGAAGUUCAGAUUGCAGACUCAUUUGCUGUGAGAUAUUGAUGACCAGAUUAUCAUUGCACACUGCAUGUGAAAGAAGAGGCCUCUCCAUGUGUUGAUCCCUGUUCUUCUGGCAUAGAGCAAAGGCUUCAUCCUUGCUACAGAUUCUUGUCUUGUGUGUGGAACCGAAUUUCUAGGAUUCAAGUCUUGAUAUCUAAAUAAUGCUCUAUUUUUAGAGGAAAGCAUCUCUUGAAACAUACAGGUGGGAGAAUAAUUUCCCAGAAGUGGAUUAAUGGGAUGUUUUGGGAGGAUGAAAAGGAGUAAAAUUAUUUCAAGGGUUUCCACCCCUUCAUGAGUAGUGGCCAGUGUGGUUAUAAAAACUGCCUGUCUGUGAUCAACCAUCACCACCACCUCCGAGCAAGUCCCAGUUACUGUGCAGCACCAUCUGUAGAGGAGCAAGGGUAUAGCUGGAGAAACGUGAUUAACAGUGCAGCAGAUUUUUAUGCAGAUGAGACUGUCUACCAUACACUGCAGAAUGCUCCAGAGAGUCAAGUGAUGCACGCUGCUGCUGGCCAGCCAAAAUCAGGGAAAGGUAGAAAAAAGCUUCGGCUAUUUGAAUACCUCCAUGAGUCUCUGUAUGAUCCAGCUAUGGCAAACUGCAUCCAAUGGGUGGAUAAACCAAAUGGUGUCUUCCAGUUUGUCUCCAAAAACAAGGAGAAACUUGCAGAACUGUGGGGAGAAAGAAAGGGAAACCGCAAGAUCAUGACUUAUCAGAAAAUGGCCAGAGCACUGAGGAAUUAUGGAAGAACAGGUGAAAUCAUUAAGAUCCGUAGGAAGCUCACAUACCAGUUCAGUGCUGUUGUUUUAAAGAGACUUGCUCCAUCUUAUUUCUUGGGAAAAGAAACAAUUUACCAUCCCUACAUUCAGUCUAAUCAAGAAUAUCAGGGUGCAGAUGACUGGACCAGUUACAAUAAUUACAUGUACAACAAUGGUUAUGCAUUACAGCAUGCUAACAGCUAGGCUUACCUGUCACAUGAACAGGCCUUUGUUAUCCAGCAAUACUUUCCAGCACAGAAACUCUUCUUUCUACAUAGCUUUGCCUUUAAGAUAUCAUGCAAACACAUGAAGAGGAAGGUUUAAAAAAUUAUAUUGGCCUAGUUUUAUUCCUUUCAAAAUUAGUGAUAAAUAGUCAUUGCCUAUUGAAGUAAUUCAGCAGCUACAGAAGACAUUCUAUUCUCCAUGAUGCUAAUCAAAGGAAUUACUGUAGUUUCAAGCUGGUAUAUUCAAGAAUAGGACUAAGGCUUUUUUGUCUGUUAGUGGACAUCAAAGAUUCCAUUGUGACAACACUCACUGGAAGUUUUAUGCAUAUCUCUAAUCAGAAUUUAGGCGAUGUUGUACCAUGUUUGCUGCAUCCCUAAAUUAGAAAGGGAAGAGAUUUGCCAAUGGCAUGAAGCUGCUUUCUGCUUUUUUUACCAAUGUUCUUUAUAAAAGGAAUUU